GAAUAAUGGAACAGAAGCUGGCAUGGUCGGUUCAGAGUGACACCAACAGCGCGGCCAUCAACCGAUUGGAAGGAGAGGUCGAGGAGCAGCGCCAGCUGCGGUUGAACGACGCCAAGCAGGUGGAAGCCAAAGCGGCCCGCAUCAAGGAGUGGGUGACUAACAAGCUCAAAGAGUUGGAGAUACAGAACCAGACGCUCAGGGAGCAGAACAUCAAAUGCAACCAACAACUCGAGCUACUCAAGAACCAUCUGGCACUGGCCGAUAGGAGGAGAUCGGAGAGCAGUUCACCCGAGGGAAGGCAAGUCAGGCAGUUUCCACAAUCGAGUUACUCACGCAGCCAGAAACACCGCAGGCACCAGUCCGUCUGUCUGUCGACCAACACUAAUUUUGAGCCGGUGAUUCCCAGCACGCUCGUAACUAGCGUCAACUUUGGUACCAGCACGUCCAGCAUGGAUCCUUUGACGGACGAGCUCAGGGCCGCCGUGGAUAAUCUGAGCAUCGGGAGAAUUCCCAGUAGCAGCGCUAGCGAUCCUGAUUUGGCUCAUGAUUAUGCCGAGAUCUACACGCCCAGUAGAGAGAAAGUGGCCUGGCCCAGAGCACCGACGCCUCCUUUGCAUAGGUUUCCCAGCUGGGAGGAUAGAAUAUAUCAGGUUGCAGCAGACGGAUUAACCUUAACAGGUACUACACCAAGUGAUCUGGGGCCAGAACAAGCGGGUUACCAAGACAUUCCUGUUCCAGUUUACACCAACGUCAAAGGUCGAGCUAGCCAAAUUCGCUCUAUGCCAUUCACUGGAGAUUCUUCAGAUGACUCGAGUGAUGGAGAGGGAAACAACACAAUGCCUGUGGAUGGUAACAAUACUCAUAGCAGGAGUUCGGGUGAAACUUCUGGUUCUAGUCCUGGAAAAAGAACAGCAUCCAGCAGUAGUGGUUCACCAAGCAAAAGUAAAACUAGAGGUGUUUCAGAUACCUCUUUUGAGUCCGGAAUGUCUGACGACUAUGCUGUUCCUCCAGAUGCUAUCAGUUGCGAUACCACCAGCUUAGAAUCUUCAAUGCUUCUUAGGGCUUCGACGUAUUUAGACAGCCCAAAACGAAUAGAAAGUUUAGAGAAGAGCGGGUCUUUAGCAAAAUUAGGGGGUAAAUUGAAGACUUGGAGAAAGAAGUGGUUUGUGUUAAAGAACGGCGUCCUAACUUAUUAUAAGACUCAAAACGAUAUCAAUAGGAAACCGCAAGGUCAAAUAGUUUUAGAUGAAAUAUGUAAAAUAACCCGAGCAGAAGGCUCCAACACUUUCGAAAUCGACACAGGAAAAAAGACUUACUACUUGACUGCCGAUUCUAUAUCAGCAAUGGAAGACUGGGUUAGAAUAUUGCAAAACGUACAACGAAGAAAUGCAACAAAAUUACUACUGAGUAGAGAUGAAAAUAAACCGAUACUCCAAGGCGUUCUUAAGAAAGUCAAAAAUGGAAUACCAAGAGAAUGCUGGUGUGUUCUCAUUGGAAAAAUGUUCUUGUAUUUCAAAAAAUCCACUGAUCAGACCCCACAUGGUCAAAUCAAUAUGAGAGAUGCAAAAGUGGAAGAAAUAGAGCACUUGUCUGAUUCCGACUCCGAAGAACAUGACACGGAACAACCGAAAUUCACUGUGGGGAUUUUUCCGAGCAAUCAGGCUCCAACAUAUCUCCAUUUCACGGGAAAACAGGAAAAAGAUUCCUGGUUAUACCACCUGACCGUAGCCAGUGGGGGUGGUCCAAGCAGCGGUACCCAAUACGAGCAACUCAUCCACAAGCUCAUGGAAGUCGAUGGUGAUCCAAAUUGUGUCUUAUGGAGACACCCUGUACUGUUACAUGUGCCUUGUACCAAAGAUGGUGCGGUACCAUCGUAUUUUCCACUCACAAGUCUAACCACUGACUGCCUACAGGCUGAAGCCAUCAAGCUUUUCAAGUGUCUCCAGCUCUUCAUAUCGGCAGCCGUGGAUCAAGCAGGUAUUGACUAUCACGUGGUUCUAGCACAGAAUGCCUUGCAGCAAUGCCUGGAUAUGCCCGAGCUUCAGACGGAAUUGAUCAGUGCACUCGUCAAACAAACCAGCAAAAGUGCCCCUUUACCAAAGUUAGGAGUGCAGGUAUCCACACAAAAAUUGUUAAAAAAGAGCCAACUGCUCCUUUGCGCUACGCAAAGCCUUUUUACGUGCGAAACUGCAACGCCCAGUAUAAAUAGCACGGUAUCUGACCAACAAAUCGCGUUGUCCAAUAUACAGGCGUCGCAGGAGGACAAGUACAAGGAGCACAAGGAGUGCUAUAAAGACCACAAGGACCACAAGGGGCCGCCAUUGUUCACGCUGCUGCAGGGAUGGCAGUUGUUGGCUCUAGCCGUUAGUCUUUUCGUUCCGAAGAAUUCGAUGAUUUUGUGGUUUCUGAAGCUACAUUUGCAGAGGAACGCAGAGAAUCGAACAGAGUGUGGGAAGUAUGCAGCCUAUUGCGAAAGGGCGCUAGAGAGGACGAUACUUGCAGGUGGUCGAGAACUGAAACCGUCCCGCAUGGAAGUCCUCAGCAUCCUCUUGAAAAACCCACAGCACCACGCACUGCCACAUUCGAUGCCCGUCCACCUUCUUAACGGAACCUACCAUAUCACUAGCUUCGACGGCUCAACGUCCAUCAAGGAAUUCCAGGACUCCCUCGCCCACGAAAUCGGCUGCCGUACCAACAACGGCUUCGCAAUCUUUAGUGACGACCCCAUCGAGAAGGACCUCGAACACACUCUGGAUCCGAACGCGAAGCUGUGCGACCUGAUCUCUAAAUGGGAGAUCGCCCUCAGAGAGAAGGGGAUGGGGAAAUUCGAGAACAGCAAAGUUAUAAGACUGACUUACAAAAACAGGCUGUGGUGGAAGAACUGCGCCAAGUUGGAGACUGAGAAGGAGAGGUUGCUACUGUGCUACCAAGUGAACAAGCAGAUCGUCAGCGGAAGGUUCCCGGUGACCAGGGAAGCUGCGCUGGAGUUUGCUUCCCUCAUGGCUCAGCUAGACAUGGGAGACUGCUCUCUGAUCUCCAACAAGAGCACCAACAAUUCCCUCAGCAAGGAGGGGAUUUCCAACCUACACCGUAGUCCGAAAUCAACUGCAAACGGUACGCUCAGUCCACCGUCUUCCUUGCAAAACUCGAGUACUCUCAACGCUUUGAACAACGUUCAUGGCAUUCUGACUGCACAUUCGAAUCAGGCGUUGAACGCUAUCGACAAGUUCUAUCCCUAUAGGUAUAGGGAUCAGUUGAAUCAGGAGGGAUUGGCGGAACUUCAGGCGAAACUGAUGGCUAAGUGGAGGGCUCUGAAGGGCAAGGCGCAGUCGGAUUGCGUCAGGGCGUAUUUGAAUUCUACGAGGAAGUGGCCGUAUUUUGGAGCUAGCUUGUUCCAGGCUAAGCUCAGACAGCAAGAUUCCCCCAUGAUAUGGUUGGCAGUCAACGAAGACGCCAUAACAGUUCUAGAUCUGGCCACCAUGCAACAACGGAUGCGCUACGCCUACACCAACGUUUUAACUUUCGGUGGCUGCCAAGAAGACUUCAUGCUCGUCGUCACCCAAAACGAUCAACAACCCUCGCAAAAGCUGAUCUUCUCGCUGAGCAAACCCAAAAUCCUCGAACUCACCCUGUUGAUUGCAGACUACAUGAACCUCCUGCUGAACAACCCCGGUACGCCGCUUCUAGGAACGCUCAGUAGAGGGACGAUGGUGUCCGUUAACCAGUCUGUCGUCAAUCAGUCGAUGACCAAUCAGAGCCAGCCGGAUAUUCUGAAGUCGACUCCUGAUCACGGCGUACAGCGGUCCGAUUCGAAACGUAGGACUCAUGUCGACUCGGGACUAGCGUGAUACCGCAGCGAUUGUGUCAGCUGUGAAAAAGUGUAAGGGUCUUUCAUUUUAGGGUUAGGAUUCGGGCGAUGGAGUUUUCAAAUUUUCGCCAGAUCGGUUGAUAGUUUUAGUAAGUAGCAAAAUCAUGUGAUAUUAUGUAUUUCAACUGCAAAUGUCAAUAGUCUUCUGAAUACAGCAAAGCUUAUUCACUUGCACAGAGAAAUAGAGACAUAACUUCGCACAACAAUUUGAAAAGCAUCACGUGUAUGUAACCGCCAAUUGGUCUGGUCUGGUUUGUUUCUCGCUAAGUCAGUGUUGUUGUUUUCAUCACUUUCAUUUUAGAUCUACCACUGUUAUGAAAAAAAAAAUGUUUACCAACAAGGUUUGCAUUCAAGUGACCAGAGGUUACAGAAGCAGGAAAUUAACGAUUAAAUAGAAAGAUGAAUCAUCUCACCUGUUAUUUUUGCAUAAAAAUAUACAAAUAGGAUAGUUUUAUUUAUACUAUGUAUUCAUACUAUGUGUUCAUUUUGUGGAAAUUCAUGAUCACUUUGAAAAAUGAACAAACACUGUUUUUUUUAUUUUUUGACCGGUGUCGGGUUUUAUCCCUUUAUCGAGUAUAAAACCAACUAACUUAGUUAGUUGGUUUUAUAAUAGUUGAUAAUAGAUACUGAGUUGAUAGAUGAUAAAGUGAGACUAUGCUCAAAGAAUCAAGAUGAAUAGAAACUGUGGUAUUUCUACUGAUUCGCUUUUGUUAUGUCAAAAAGCCUCGGCGUGGGAAAUGAGAUUGACCCAAAGAUAGUUUACAUUUGAUCAAUAUUAUGAAAAUAUUCCAUUACUGAAGAAGUCUCUUUUGUAGUAUUUGAAAAAAGAAAUUGUAUCAACUUGGAAGGAGUGAUUAUGCUACAAUAUAGUUUGGUAUCAUUCAGCGUUUAGUUUGUGAUGUGAUUUUUGUCGAACCAUAAAGGAAGCUUUUAGCGAUGAUUGAGCUAUUGUCUUCAAUAUCAAUUGAAUAUUGGACAUAAAUGAUUUCUAAUAUAAACAUCUACUACCCACACAAAAACUCCAAGCCUGCAUCCAGUAGUCCUGGAAUGGUUGGCCUACGUAGAUCUGUUUUUUUUUUUAAUUUUGGUUGUAUCUAAUUGUGAUUUUAUAGGCUUGUCAUUGUGCCAGAGAAAGUAUGGAAUUGUAUAUAGAGCGAGAUAGAUAUUUAUGUAUGAGUGUAAAUAGAGGUUUUGUUAUAGA